AAGAAGUCGUGAUGCGCACGGACUUCCUGUUUGUGUUUCUUAAUUUUUAUCCACAUCCGGCCCAUGUAGCCCACGGUGAUUGCGGCACUGUAGAGAGCUGUUUUCGUUUGAGCUUUAAUCUCGCCAAAAAUGACGGUGGCCAUAAGCUCAACAUGUCCAGGCCUGUACUGUGGUAGAAUAAUAACAAAUGGAUCAGUGGAGGGAGAAUGUGGGGUGUGUCCUCGUGGGGAGAGAGCCAACCUCCAGAAGAUUUGUGAACGCUGUACCAAGUCCCCAGAACUCUAUGACUGGCUUUAUCUUGGUUUCAUGGCCAUGUUGCCCCUGGUGCUGCAUUGGUUCUUCAUUGAGUGGUAUUCUGGGAAAAAGAGUUCAAGUGCUCUUCUGCAGCACCUUAUCGCCAUGUUGGAGUGCAGCGUGUCCGCAGUCUUCACUCUGCUGGUCACAGAGCCAGUGGGCAAUUUUAGCAUCCGUUCCUGUGGCGUCCAGAUGCUGUCAGACUGGUACACAAUGCUGUACAACCCAAGCCCAGACUACAUAAACACAGUACACUGCACCCAGGAGGCCGUCUAUCCACUGUACACCAUUGUGUUAAUUUACUAUGCCUUUUGCCUGGUACUCAUGAUGCUCCUCCGCCCCCUGUUGGUAAAAAAGAUAGCUUGCGGUCUGGGCAAAUCGGACCGCUUUAAAAGCAUUUAUGCCGCUCUCUACUUCUUCCCUAUCCUGACUGUACUGCAGGCUGUUGGAGGAGGACUGCUCUACUACGCGUUUCCUUACUUAAUGCUGGUUCUAUCUUUGGUAACGUUGGCCGUUUACAUGUCAGCCUCAGAGAUACAGUCUUUUAAAAAUCUUCUGGCCAAGAAGAAGCGUCUUGUGGUUUUAUUCAGCCACUGGCUGCUGCACGCAUAUGGCAUUAUCUCCAUUUCCCGAUUGGACAAGCUGGAGCAGGACCUACCUCUGCUGGCUCUUGUGCCUGGCCCCGCCCUUUUCUACAUUGCAACAGCAAAGUUUACAGAACCAAGCCGGAUCCUGUCUGAGGCUGGCAACGGACACUAAGGUGCUUUUAACUGGAAGUAUUUGCAUAUUCUAUAUCCUCACAUUUGACAGACUACUCGCAAUGUGUUUGUGAUUCCUGAUUCACUCUCUGGACUUAACUAACUCAACUACUUUAUUGAUUGUAUAUAAGUUAAGAGUUUUGUUUUUAGCACCAAACAGGCUGGGUUUUAAAACCUCAAAUUUGAUGACCAAGGGAUUCUGUGUCAAAAUUGCUGAACUGUAUGUUGCCUAUUUUCAAACCACUGGGCACAAUUUGAUUUUGCUUAAUCGUCCUCCUAAUAUAAUCUCUACCAAAAUGGGCCUUUCCCAAUGUUGUCUCAAUGACGGCGUCUCAAUGGAAAGUCAUAACACAUAUCAACUGCUAUAACUCAGUUGUAUUUAGCUUUUUUGAUAUUGGAAAUUCCCUUUUCAGUCAUUCCCAAGCAACAUAAACCCAUCAAAGGACUAAAAACUCAGUAAAGUGAGCGGCACAAAGAAGGUUUAUAACAUCAAGCUCCCAAUGAUUUCACAUAACAAGUAAGUGUCAAUGUUUGGUGUUAUGUCAGUUAAAGUAAAGGCUGAACGUUGAAUAUCAGACUUUUGUGAAUAUCAAUGUGUUGUACAGCAGGCUUUACAUCUUAUCAUCAUCAUUAUCAUAUUGAUACUAGGGCUGAACAAUUAAUUGCAUUUGAAAUAAUAUAGUGAGAACAUAAAACGCAGCGCCUGACGUGGUGUUAGGUUUUAUGCAGAGCAUUCAGUGCCUACUAGUGAUGGGUGAUACCAGAUUUUUUGAUUCUGAUACUGAUGACUUUUGUUUGCUUUUUUUUUUUCAUUAUUGAUACCAAUAUUUUGUGUGAUUUUUUUUUUUUAACCAAUAAAGCACAUGACAAAUACUGGCCAUUUAGUACAAU